CUCGAAUACGACCCCCAAUUCGGCGUAUUAGCUAAUACAGCAAAAUACCUCAAUUAUUAUAUUAUUAAUAGUAUUCCUAGUAAAAUUAUUAAUUUAGAAAUAGAUAGUAUAUACGUUGUACUACCUAGCUUUAUAACCAACCUUAUCGAAUAA